AUGGCAGCGGAGAUCCUCGUUUCCAAUCACACAACUGCUCAGGAGUUUAUCUUCUCAGCUUUCCCUUGUGCCUGGGGAAAGUCAGUCCUCUGCUUCGUACCACUGCUCAUCAUCUAUGCUUUCAUUGUUGUCGGAAACCUGGUCAUCAUGACAGUAGUCCAGUUGAAUACACACUUGCAUACACCCAUGUACCUAUUUAUCAGUGCGCUGUCUUUCAUGGAGAUUUGGUACACCACAGCCACAAUCCCAAAGAUGCUAUCCAGUCUGCUUAGUGAGAGGAGAAGCAUUUCCUUAAACGGCUGCAUGCUGCAGAUGUAUUUCUUCCAUUCCACGGGCAUCAGUGAGGUUGGUCUCUUGACGGCCAUGGCCUUUGACCGCUAUCUGGCCAUUUGCACCCCUCUUCAUUACCCCACCAUCAUGACCCCCAAGCUUUGUGCUCAACUGACUUUGAGUUGCUGUGUCUGUGGCUUUCUUACACCCCUUCCUGAGAUCGCCUGGAUCUCCACGCUGCCGUUUUGUGGUUCUAACCAUCUUGAGCACAUCUUUUGUGACUUCCUCCCCGUGUUACGCCUGGCCUGCACAGACACACAAGCUAUUGUCAUGAUUCAGAUCGUGGAUAUUGUCCAUGCGGUGGAGAUAAUUACAGCCGUGAUGCUUAUAGUCGUGUCCUACGUGGGUAUUGUGGCUGUGAUCCUACGUAUUCGUUCGGCCGAAGGCCGUCGCAAGGCAUUUUCCACAUGUGUUUCUCACCUCACUGUUUUUUUGCUAUUCUUUGGGAGUGUGGCUCUCAUGUAUUUACGCUUCUCUGCCACCUACUCCUUCUUCUGGGAUACAGUCAUUGCUUUCGCCUUUGCAGUUGUGUCCCCCUUCUUUAACCCCAUUAUCUACAGCCUGAGGAAUAAAGAGAUAAAAGAAGCAAUAAAGAAGCACAUGAGUCAAGCUAAAACAUUUUUUCAUAAAAUGAGGAAUCUCAAAUACACGGAGAGUUUCUGUUUCCUCAUCGCAUUCAACAUCUCUGUUUCAGCAAACUUGUUUGUUUGUUUCUCCUUCGCCAGCCUUCUACUGAAACUGGUUUCCUGUAGUUCCCAAUAA